UCUAAAACUUUUUGUCUUUUAAUUGUUCCAAGGAUAGUGAAUUUAAAAUAAGGGCGGUAACUAUCGCCUAUAUUACACUGUGACGCCCAUUAGAUGGGAUCAGUUCAGGUGAAAUAACUCAGAGGACGACGUCUUGCUCAGUGGUCAUGCCCCACACCCCAUCCACCACUUAUGCGCUCCCGUCGGACAACCAGCUCGGUAACGGGAGCACCAUGGCCGACGAGCAGCUGAGGAGCCGGCGGGUCCAGGAGCAGGUCAAGAUGAAGCUGGCGGAGAAAUCCACACUUCCGCGUCAGAACGGAGCGGCCUCUCAUUACGCCAUGUCAGACUAUGGUGGUUCAUCAACAAUGAAAUACAGCACCUACAGCCCAAGCUUCAGCUCUAAAUCCUCCUACAUGUACUCAGGCUCUAAAACAAUGGCUCCUCAGAUUUCCCACAGGGCGGGAUACAGCAGCAGGUCCGCAGCCCCGGAAGUUGUCGGGUUUCAGAAGAUGAGUAUAGGGGUUAGUGGUGGCGGUGGCGGAGGUUUUCACCGGGAAGACAUGCGUUCCGGCGGCUUUCAGGCAUCCAUGAGACCACACCAAAUGGAGCAUGAUGCCAUGUCUCUUCACUCGGUGAAAAACGCGCCUGCAGUGCAUUCAUGGGUAAUAGAGAGCGAUGCCGGAAGCGUGCAAUCUGAUCGGGAAGCCACCUACAGCCGUCAGUUCAACCAGGGCACAAUGAAUGGCUACAGCACCCAGAUGAGGCAAGGAGGAGGCAAUGUGGCCUAUCAGAGCCAGUUUCAGGCCCAGGCACCAGCUGGUGUCUCCAUGCUUCGAAGCCAAAGUGGCACUCUUACCCGUGGGGGUACUAUGACAGGAGGAGGUUCUGAAAUCCUCCAACAGCAAUAUUCCUUCAAAGGCCCGGCUCACCGCACCAUCAGCAGGAUUACAAACCGUAACCGGAUGAGCGUUGGCUCGCUGUCUGGGACCCAGAUGACCAAUAGCGCAGGCAACUUGAUGGGAGGACGAGAUCAGGUGGACAGAGGGUUUAUCGUGUCAACCCUCGGAUCCGGAUCCCAGGGAAAUCUGUUGCAACGCCAAGGUAACCUGUCCCGAUCCAUGUCGAUCAGAAGCAUGCAGAGCGUUGGCAGAGGCAUGGACGUUUUUGGCCAGAUGGAAGACUUGGACCACCUGCAAGGAGUUACCGAUCUGGACAUUGUAACUGCGAUUGAGUACCUGAGAACCGAUGACCCCUCGCUGCAGACCAUGGGUGCAGCUUUCGUUCAGCAUAUGUGCUACAAUGAAAAAGAAGCAAAAGAUCAGGUGCGGCAGCACGGCGCCAUUAAGGAUAUAGUGGACCUGUUCAACAGCGAAAACACAGAAGUGGCCCGUUAUGCAACGGGCGCUGCUCGCAACCUCAUCUAUGAGAACAACGACAACAAGAAAACCCUGAUUGAACUCAACGGCAUCGCUGCGCUUAACGAGGCGCUAAAAGAGAAUGAUGAUGAGCUUUACAAAAACAUCACAGGUAUUCUGUGGAAUCUCUCCUCCAAAGACAAGUUUAAGGAGAUUAUAGCCAAGGAGACACUCACCGGGCUCUCUGAGAAGAUCCUCGUUCCUGCUGCUGAGCGAGAGGAGCAGCAGAAGCAUGAGAGCGAGGAUUACACGCCGAACCACACAAGUUCUCCAUCUGUGGACGAAAUAUUCACCAACACAACCGGAUGCCUAAGGAAUCUGAGCUCUGGCAAUGAGAAAACCCGUCAACGGAUGCGAGAAACCAAAGGGCUAGUCGGGUCUUUGGUGAGAUGCCUUAGAGGGUCUCUUGACAAUGGAAAGUCAGAAGAAAAGGGUGUGGAGAACACAAUGUGCAUCUUGAGAAACCUCUCCUACCAAAUCUACAAUGAACUUCCACCAUCUUACCAAAUGCGUUUGAACAGAAAGGUUGAAACGGAUAAAUCGUCUGGCACUGUUGGCUGCUUUUCUCCAAACAGCAAAAAACCCAACAAGGACUGCAAUCGCUUGAUAUACCAAGAAAUAACAAAGGAACCAAAAGACAUGGAGUGGCUGUGGCACCCCAAUAUAGUGACUCUGUACCAAGGUGUGCUGCAGUCAUGUGAAAUUAACGCCACCACCCGAGAGGCAGCCAUUGGAAGUCUGCAGAACAUCACUUCUGGAGAGGGGCAGGUGGGUGACUUAUCCAGCACAAAUAACCGGGAAGCAAAACCCUUUUACCUCAGAAUCAGGAAUACUUUAAUAAUCCCAGAGGGAAAUUGCUGCAUUGCAAUGAAAGUCUGUGUCUGUAAUCCACAGUGGGCUGCACAAUUAAGCGUGUUUGCUGUGGAACAGAGGAAAAUUCUGCCAAAAUUGAUGGAUCUCCUGCGGACAGACAGGAAUAAGGAGCUACUUUCUCUCACCGGCCUGUUGAGGAAUUUAGCUCGUCACAGUAAUGUCUCGUCGACAUUGGACCAAGUGGUAAACAAGUUGCCUACUGAUGGCAAAAUGAAGGACCCUUCUGCUGAAGUGGUGGUUAACCUCUGCGGUAUCCUCAAUAGCAUGGUGAUGAAAGAUUUUGAUGCUACCAAGAGAAUCUGUGAGAACGGAGGCCUGGAGAGACUGAUGGCAGUCAAAAAAACGACGGACUCAAGCCCAGAGGGGCUUAGAGCUGCCAAAUCUGCAUCCACAGUCCUUUCCAACAUUUAUAAUUACAAGAAACUGCACAAGAACUUUAAACAGAUGGGUCUCACUAAAAAGGACUUUGAGUUAAGCAACUGCACAUGAAAACAGGACCAAAACCACGGAUUCAGCAGAACUAUGAUAAAACGCCGAGACCACAUACGCCCUUCCAGUACUUUCUCUCAACGCCGUAUCGACUCCUAGCAUGGAUUGUAUUCUGCUCAGAGCAGCAUGAAUUUAAAC